AUGUCCAGGCCCAGACAAACACCUCCCGGUCUUGCUUCUAAGCUUGGCAGUCUUGCACAAGGAAACCCAAACGAACAAAACUUGCCAUGCACUCUAUUCAACGUCAUUGUCGAAUUUGAAGACGGCACCGAUGAAAGCGAAUGGGCCUGCGAAGUCUCUGGAAUCGAUGCCAAGAAUGUUGGUAGCAAGAAGAAGAAGGCCACGGUCAUGGUGGAAGGAAUGGAACAUGUUCUAGCAGCCAAGCCUGACAUUCAAAGUGGACGUACGACCUUGUUUGCCAAAGGAGCUCGAUUCAACAAGGGCAAUUUGUUCUCUCACGCACCCGGCCUUGCAAAGCAACAAUUGUUCAUUGGGAGUGAUACGCCUCUCACUUUUGGAGAAACCGAGGAUUCGGAAGGCAAUGAACGAAGACGGCUCUCUGCAACAACUGGCGAUUUGUCAGUUCUUGUAGUUCGAGUGAGCACUAAUGAUAGAUCUCUUGCCAAGAGCAAGGCUGAAAUCAGUGGCGAUGUCUUUGGAACGGGUGGAUCUGACAGUAUCAACUUGAAAAGCCUUGUGGAAGGGUGUUCCAAUAACGUUGCCACUGUCAAUCCGGGCAGUGGCAGUGGCACUGGAGCAUGUCAAGACAAUCCGGAUGCUAUUUUUGCUGUUCCACGCGACGAUGGUGGUCUUAUUUAUGACUGUGACUUUUUCAACAAUUACCAGUUCAAUACGCCAGGAGAUUUGUGUCCUGCCUAUGGUGAUGCCACACAAACGUCACCAACGAUCGAUGGGUCCAAAACGGCCAAGACGGAAUGCUGCGUUUGCGGAGGCGGAUCGCUUGUCAGCUAUAACAACAAUGUGGUAGAUGGUGUGAUGGAUCUACAACUCUCUAUCAAUGCCGUCGGGAGCGAUCGCAGCUUUCUCGAAACGACUGCUGUAGAAACUCUAAAGAGUCUCUUUUAUGUCAAUAGUCUAAGUCAGAUAUUUGACAAUGUCAUGCUGUGCUUGCCCAAAGGGUCCCAUUCCAAUGGAGACACGACCAAAACCAACUGGCUUGCAUAUGCUUAUAUCGGAGGCGAUCUCAGUGUCUACAAUGGUGAUCGCUGGUGUGCCAAUGAAGUUACUCAAAUUCAUGAGCUGGGACAUAAUUGGGGACUUCAGCAUGCAUCGGAAGGCAGUGUCGUGUACGGAGACUUGACUGGGGCCAUGGGCUCUACAUCCGGAGCUGGCGACGAUGUUGCUGAAGGAAACAGAAUGUGUUUCAAUGGUGCCCACUCGUGGCAACUUGGUUGGUACACUCCAUACAACCUCGAGAUUGAUCCAUUGAUGACGAACUUUGAUGGAACUCUAGUUGGAGCCGACCGAGUUCCCAAUGUGUUGGCUGGCGAGAAUGUAGUCUUGAAACUUGCCAACCCACAAGAGGACUACUACCUCAUGUUCAAUCACGCUGUGGGAGCGAACGACGGUACCACUGAGGCUGACAAUCGAGUCACCAUUACCACCAAGACAACCGACAGUGGCGCUCGAACUUAUUUGAUUUCCAAGCUUUCUCAAAGUACCUCAGUCACAUUUUCCAACUGGGCUGGGACAAGUCAGUCGGUCACCGUCAUGGUAACAUCUAUCACCACUGCUACGGGAACAGGAAAUGCCAAGGUGGAAGUGUGGAAGGGAGAGAUUGGAGACCGGCCCGGCUUUGCACCUACACCACAACCCACGCCAAAUCCAACUGCUGGCCCCACACCAAAUCCAACUCCUGGCCCUACACCGCCACCCACACCAGGCCCAACACCUGGGCCUACAUUGCAGCCCACACCAAAUCCAACCCCUGGUCCUACUCCUCUACCGCCACCAACAAACCCUCCGACCCCAAAUCCAACACCGCAACCCACACCAAAUCCAACCCCUGGUCCUACUCCUGUACCACCACCACCAACUCCUGCACCUACACCACUACCCACACCACAGCCAACGCCUGGACCCACCAAUUCUUCGCCGGGCAAUGGCAACGGUAAUGGUAAUGGGAACGGCAAGGGCAAAAACAAGAAAUAG